UAUAGCUUGAAAGUUGCGAGGUCGCAAUAUUCGCUUACAUUCGUUCCGCGGACACACCGCUUGCGCUUUGCAGUUAAAGAAUAAAACAUUUAUAAAGAUGACUUUGUUCACUUAUAUUGCGGUGGCUGUGGCCGUACUGGCUUACGCUGAUGGCUACUCCGUGGGUGCACCCGAGAGUGCCUGCAAAGACAUGAUCCCGAGACAUCCCGUGCCAGCGCAAAAGACCGCAGCUCCGUACAAAAUUACUACCAGCACUAAGGUGGUGAGGGCCGGCACUCCGAUGGAGGUCACAAUAUCUGGCAACAAGCCGUCUGACACUAUGAGAGGCAUCCUGCUGCAGGCGCGCAAGGGAGACGACAUCGUGGGCACCUUCACCCUCGACCCCAAUGACUCUUUCGCGCAGCUCCUCAACUGUGGAGCCCCAGGAAAUGCCAUUACCCACAAGAAGCAUGACGCCAAUUUGGACAAACAAACGGCCACAUUCACAUGGACUCCGUCAGAAAACUUAGAUGGUGAAAUUAAGUUUAGAGCCACGAUUGCGUACAACGGUGCAGUUUUCUGGGUGGGCGUGGAGUCCGCUCCAGUCACCAUCACUCACUAAUUAUUAUCUAGAUGUUAACUUACGUAUAAUUCGUAUUUAAAUUAUGGUGAUAUCUCUUUGACUGUGAAAUUUA